UUGGGGUAUUUAAGAUCUUUCUGCAUAUUCUUCUGAAGACUGAGUUGGGAAUUGUUAAAGCUUUUAAGCCCUCAAGUAUGGUUGUUUCUUCUCUCUAAAGUAUUGUCUUUGCUAGGAUAUUCUAGUCGGUUUUUGGAUAUCACUGUUUAUUGUGUAUUAUUAAGUAAUUGUGGUCAGGUUCAGAUUCGUAGUGUUUUUAGUCACGUGAAAUCUGAUCUCGUGUUGUUGAGAUUGAUUAGAUGUGUGAUUAAGGACCACAAGAAUGGAUGAACUGUUCUUUGAAUCUUGUUGAUUAUGGGACAUGUAGGUUACGCUCAAUUGGUGCAGAGGUAGGUUGGAGCUAUUAAAUAUCUUUGAGACAGUAAUUGAUUGGCUUGCGUUUUUGAGGUCCAAGAAGUCUUCAGCUCUCAUUUCAGCUGGAGAAUUUGCAGUUCAUUUGCCACUGAUUAUGAUUUUCCUUCUGGGUUUCUUGUAUUUAACACCAUGAAUCUGAUUUCUGGGAUUUCUAAGGGUUCUUGAUGCUGAUAUUUGAUCCUGAAGAAAGUGAAUUAUAGGAUGGGUAGCAGCAAUAAGACCAUAGUUUGGUUUAGAAGGGACCUGAGGAUCGAGGACAAUCCAGCCUUAGCUGCUGCUGCUAGGGAUGGUGCUGUCUUUCCUGUUUACAUAUGGUGCCCGAAAGACGAAGGGCAGUUCUACCCCGGUCGAGUUUCGCGGUGGUGGCUGAAGCAGUCUCUUGUUCACUUGGAUCAGUCCUUGAAGUCUCUUGGCGCUCAACUUGUGCUGAUCAAAACCCACAGUACACUCUCUGCUCUCUUGGACUGCAUUCAAGCUAUUGGAGCCACAAAAGUAGUGUUCAACCAUCUAUAUGAUCCUGUUUCACUCGUGUGUGAUCACAACAUCAAGGGAAAGCUGGUAGAGCUAGGAGUUUCUGUGCAAAGCUAUAAUGCAGAUUUGUUGUACGAGCCAUGGGAAGUAUAUGAUGCAAAAGGACAAACAUUUACAACGUUUAAGGCAUACUGGGACAAGUGCUUAGACAUGGAAAGGGAACUUGUGACAUUUCUUCCUCCCUGGAAAUUAUUGCCCGCAACAGGAACGGUGGCGAAAUGUUCAAUCGAAGAAUUGGGUCUCGAAAAUGAAACAGAAAAAUCUAGCAAUGCCCUCUUAGGAAGAGCAUGGACUCCAGGCUGGAGCCAAGCUGAUAAAGCUUUAAAUGAAUUCUUUGAUGGGCACCUGCUAGACUAUGCAAAGAACAGGACAAAACUUGGGGGCAACUCAACAUCACUGUUGUCUCCAUAUCUUCACUUUGGAGAAGUGAGUGUGAGGAAAGUUUUCCAGAUAGCUCGAAUGAAGCAGAUAUUGUUUGCAAAAGAAGGGAACUCUUUAGGUGAAGAGAGUGUGACUCUUUUUCUCCGGGCCAUUGGGCUUAGAGAAUACUCGCGCUAUCUUUGUUUUAACUUUCCAUUCUCCCAUGAGAAAUCACUGCUGAGCAACUUGAGAUUCUUUCCAUGGCAAGCUGACCAGGAUCGUUUUAAGGCUUGGAGACAAGGUCGGACCGGCUACCCUUUAGUUGAUGCAGGAAUGAGAGAGCUCUGGGCAACUGGGUGGAUUCACAACAGAAUAAGAGUGAUUGUUUCGAGUUUUGCUGUGAAAGUUUUGCUUCUUCCUUGGAGAUGGGGAAUGAAGUAUUUCUGGGACACGCUGAUGGAUGCAGACUUGGAAAGUGAUAUCCUUGGUUGGCAGUAUAUCUCAGGGAGCUUACCAGAUGGCCAUGAGCUUGAGCGUUUGGAUAGUCCAGAGGUCCAAGGCUCAAAAUUUGAUCCAGAGGGUGAAUAUGUAAGGCAAUGGCUGCCUGAGUUAGCACGUUUACCAACUGAGUGGAUCCAUCAUCCUUGGGACACGCCCGAUAAAGUGCUUAAAGUUUCAGGAGUAGAGCUAGGAGUCAACUAUCCAAGACCUAUAAUCGAGAUAGAUUUGGCUAGAGAACAUUUGACUAAAGCCAUAUUCAAGAUGUGGGAAAUGGAAGCAGCUGCAAAGGCUGCAAACCUGAAUGGUACAAAUGAAGUUGUUGUUGAUAACUCUGAUGGGAUUGAAAACUUGCCAAUCCCAAAGGUGAUCUUAAGGAACAACACUCCUUGUGCUACUUAUUCAUCUAAUGAUCAGAAGGUACCUACAUGUCACAAUUCAGAGGGAAAUCAAUUGAAGAAGAGAUCCAGAUUUACACAAGGAGAACGGCCACUACCAGAUAAUGGGCACAGUCCUAAUCCUAAUGAAGCCACCUCAAGAACAAUUGAAGACAUGAACUCUACAGCUGAAUCUUCAAUGUCUAAGAAGCAGACAACCAGCAGAACUUCAUUUUCUGUUCCACAGUCAUCUUCCUCAUCAAAGGCCAACCCUUUUAUGGAGUCUGAAUCUUCUGAAAUGAAGCAGUCAUGGCAAGAACGGAGCGACAUGGAACAGAGUUCAAGCAAAGAUAGAGCUGUUGAAGAUUAAUGCCUCUAGUUCGGAAUUCAUUGGCGUAUUGUUCAUCACGAAAGAGGAUGGUUCUGGAACCGAGUAAUAUAGGAUUGUAUACUGUCCUUGUAUGACUGUUAACUCAAGUGUACUCCAUGGUAAUGUAAAUGAUUACUUGGCUGAUCAGAUGUCCAUCUUUCCUCGAUAAUAAUAGAUACAGAUAUUGAAGACCGACAGUUAAGAACAUGUAAGGAAGAAACAAUUUGCCAGCUAUGUAGUAGAUGCAUGUUUAUGUAUGUCUUCGGAGAGCUUCCUUUACUGAAUCAUUUUGUAGAGAGAUUUGAAUAAACUGUGGGUAUUUUAGAAAA